GAGUUAUUUUACAAUGGAAUCACAUAUAGGACUACUGAUGUCGAGAUUGAAUAUGCUAUCGACUUCUGAUCAUGCCUCUGUGGUCUCUAUGAGCUUAUUUGUUACUCUCCUUUGUGCUUGUAUUGUUAUUGGUCAUCUUCUUGAAGAGAAUCGGUGGAUGAAUGAGUCCAUUACAGCUCUUGUUAUUGGUCUAGGUACUGGUAUUGUUAUUCUGCUUAUUAGUGGUGGAAAAAGCUCGCAUCUUUUAGUCUUCAGCGAGGAUCUUUUCUUUAUUUAUCUUCUACCGCCUAUUAUAUUUAAUGCUGGGUUUCAGGUGAAAAAGAAGCAAUUCUUUCGUAACUUUAUCACUAUCAUGCUAUUUGGUGCUAUUGGCACAUUAAUAUCCUGUUGUGUCAUAUCUAUAGGUGCUGUACAAUUCUUUAAGAAGCUUGAUAUUGGACAGCUUGACAUAGGGGAUUAUCUAGCAAUUGGUGCCAUAUUUGCUGCAACAGAUUCUGUUUGCACUCUGCAGGUGCUCAAUCAAGAUGAGACACCUUUACUCUAUAGUCUGGUAUUUGGAGAGGGUGUCGUAAAUGAUGCAACAUCAGUGGUGCUUUUCAAUGCAAUCCAGAGCUUUGAUCUCACUAAUAUCAAUCCAAGGAUUGGAUGGCAGUUUAUUUGCAACUUCUUUUAUUUAUUUCUCACAAGUACUAUGCUGGGAGUUUUGACUGGCCUACUAAGUGCUUAUAUCAUCAAAAAGCUAUAUUUUGGCAGGCACUCUACAGAUCGUGAAUUUUCUCUCAUGAUGCUCAUGGCAUACCUAUCAUAUAUGUUGGCUGAACUGUUCUUUUUAAGUGGCAUUCUCACUGUAUUUUUCUGUGGGAUUGUGAUGUCCCAUUACACGUGGCACAAUGUGACUGAGAGUUCAAGAGUCACUAGCAAGCACGCCUUUGCAACCAUGUCAUUUGUUGCUGAGAUAUUUAUCUUCCUUUAUGUUGGAAUGGAUGCCUUGGACAUUGAGAAGUGGAGAUUUGUGAGCGAUAGUCCUGGAACAUCAGUUGCAGUGAGUUCAAUAUUAUUGGCUCUUGUUAUGGUUGGAAGAGCAGCUUUUGUUUUCCCCUUAUCUUUUGUAUCCAACUUUUUUAAGAAAUCACCUACUGAGAAAAUUGGCAUCAAGCAACAGUUUGUGAUAUGGUGGGCUGGUCUCAUGAGAGGUGCAGUGUCAAUGGCACUUGCUUAUAAUAAGUUUACAAGCUUAGGACAUACCCAUUUGAGAGGGAAUGCAAUAAUGAUUACCAGCACCAUAACUGUUGUUCUUUUCAGUACUGUGGUGUUUGGUUUGAUGACUAAACCUCUUAUAAGAUUAUUGCUGCCGCAUCCAAAAAUCACAUCAAGAAGCAUGUCAAUAUCAUCAGAGCCAACUACGCCGAAAUCAGUUACAGUCCCACUACUUGGAGACAAUCAGGAUUCAUUAGAUGAUCUUGGUGGCAAUGAUGUUCCUCGUCCAAGCAGCAUACGGGCACUCCUGACAACUCCAACUCACACUGUUCAUUACUAUUGGCGUAAGUUUGAUGACUCAUUUAUGCGUCCUGUGUUUGGUGGUCGGGGUUUUGUUCCCUUUGUUCCUGGCUCACCAACAGAACGGAGUAACCACAAUCAAUGGCAGUGAAAAGAAAAAGAAGCAAGUUGUAAAAAUAUGUAAUUAUAAGCGACUUGAAGACAACAAUCAAGGUUCACACAAUUUUGAACCUGCUUCUGAAAAUUUUGCCAAGCUUGUUAGUAUUGCUAUGUAGUAUACAGUAGCUUUUACCUCAUGUAUGAUUGGCUUUCCCUGUUUAAUUCUCAUUAGUGUUGCAACUUUCUACCCUGUAAGAUGUGAUGAGUUUUACCUACAGAUGCUUGCAA